GGUCCUCCUCUGCCAAUCAUCGCCCUGUCCAUCUAGCUAUCGGCCUGGGAUCUUCGGGUCGGCCGGAUCAAGGCAGGUCCAUAGUCCUUGACGAGGUGCAGGACUACCACGACCACGAACGGGAAAGACGAAAUAAUAAUUCCCCGACUGGCGCUCGAGGAACCAUCUCUCGCGGUCAUGGUUUGACACUGUGUGACCCGACUCUUGUCACUCCUCACUCCAUUGCUACUCCAUCCUUCCCUGGCCUCGUGCGAUUUGCUUCCCCGGAUCACAUCCGUCCCCACCUCGUGGUCUUCUCAUCGUGUUGACCGUCUCACCAUGUCUCGGUGGAAACGCAGGACGAAGAGUCGCGCCGACAAGGAUUGCAAAACCUCAGGCGUCCUGGCCAGUGGCUCCCCGUCCGACGCUCGGUCGACGGCCCUGGCCUCUCUCCGCGCCGUCUCGACCUCCCCGGAGAGGUCGCGCAUAGAAGUGCCGUCGGAUCCCGUCGAGGCGCGCAGGCUCGCCAGGCGUCACGCCGAGUUCGGUCCCCUGGGUGAUCCGGCGCAUCUCUACACCAGCGAGCACCCCGGCGGAGAGAUCCCCGACCCCGUCAUUGACGACCCGCCGUACUUCUUCGUGUUGACCACCUACCUGAACUUCCUGGUCCUCAUCUUCUUCGGCCACUUCCACGAUUUCUUCGCCAAGUGGUUCUGCGCCAACACCUACCGGAGCCUGCGCCCCCAGAAUGGCUACGCCUCGCUCUACAGCGACUUCGAGAGCUUCUACACCCGCCGGCUCAAGCAGCGCAUCGACGACUGCUUCGAGCGGCCCACCACAGGCGUCCCCGGACGGUACAUCACGUUGCUCGACCGCGUCUCCGACGACAACGUGUUGUUCCAGCUCACUGGCACUACCACCGACACCCUCAAUCUGAGCUCCUACAAUUACCUAGGGUUCGCCCAGUCCGAGGGCCCGUGCGCCGACUGUGCGGAAGCCACCAUCCGGCGCGAUGGCAUCAGCAUGGGGGGCAGCUGCAGCGACGCGGGGAGCUCCAAGCUCCAAGGCGACGUCGAGGAUCAGAUCGCCCGGUUCGUCGGCAAGGAGGCGGCCGUGGUCUUUUCCAUGGGCUUCGUCAUCAAUGCCACCAUCUUCCCCGCCCUCGUGGACAAGGGCUGUCUGAUCCUGUCAGACGAGCUCAACCACGCCUCCAUCCGCUUUGGCUCCCGGCUCUCGGGCGCCGCCAUCCAGGUCUUCGCCCACAACAACAUGGAAGAUCUGGAGCAGCGGCUGCGCGAGGCCAUCGCCCAGGGCCAGCCCCGCUCCCAUCGCCCGUGGCGGAAGAUCCUCCUCACAGUCGAAGGCCUGUUCUCCAUGGAGGGCACCAUGUGCAACCUCCCGCGCAUCCUCGCCCUCAAGAAGCGGUACAAGUUCCACCUGUUCAUCGACGAGGCCCACUCCAUCGGCGCAGUCGGCCCCCGCGGCCGCGGCGUCUGCGACUACUUCCAAGCGGACCCGGCGGGGGUCGACAUCCUCAUGGGCACCUUCACCAAGUCCUUCGGUGCCAACGGCGGCUACAUCGCCGCCAGCCGGGCCGUCAUCGACCAGCUGCGCUGCACCAACGCCGGGCUGGUCUUCGGCGAAGCCCCGUCGCCGCCGAUCCUGGCGCAGAUAUCCUCGGCGCUGCGGCUCAUCGCCGACGCGGACCCGCGACAUCCCGGCCAGGGUCGGGAGCGGGUGCAGCGGCUAGCCUUCAACUCGCGGUACCUGCGACUGGGCCUGAAGCGGCUGGGGUUCAUCGUCUACGGACACGACGACUCGCCCAUCGUGCCGCUGAUGUUAUACAACCCAGGCAAGAUGUCCGCCUUCUCGCACGAGAUGCUCCGGCGCAAGAUCUCCGUCGUCGUCGUGACCUACCCGGCCACCCCGCUGGAGCUCUCCCGCGCGCGCCUCUGCGUGUCCGCCGCCCACACCAAGGACGACCUCGACCGCGUCCUGCGCGCGUGCGACGAGAUCGGCACCGCCUUGAAUCUGAAGUUCUCCUCGGGCGUCGCGGGCGGGCUGCGCGUGCCUCCGCCGAAGGACUACUCGUGGGUGCCUAAGGGGGGGAAAGCAACGGCCGUGCCUCUGCCGAUCGAACCGCCGCGGUGGACGGUGGACGACGUGAUCCUGCACACCACGCGGGAUGCCAAGCUAGCGUUGUAUUAGGGAUUUACCUAGUCACGUUUGAUGAUUGUUUCUUCUGUCUUCUGUCCAAGGGACAUAUACAUAUAGCGAUAGCGUUUUAUUAAUCAUAAUCUUAAUGUUAA